AUGUUGGCCAAGAGGUUAAGCUCAUUCCUCAAACUCUCCCCAAAACCUCAGAUUUCCAAUUCCACGAAGAAUGUGGAUGAAGAGACCAGCAAAUACUAUGGUAAAAAGGCAGUGUCAUUUGUUUUGAUUACUAUCACAGGUGGUGUUGCUCUGAGUGCCCUUGACGACCUUGUCAUUUAUCAUGGAUGUAGCAGCAAGGCAAUGGAGAAGGCGAUCAAGAACAAAGCACUAAUAGAUGCUAUUGGAGAACCCAUUGUUAAAGGUCCUUGGUACAAUGCAUCUCUUGCAGUAGCUCAUAAAAGACAUUCAGUUUCAUGCUCAUUUCCUGUUUCUGGGCCGCAAGGCACCGGUUUCUUGCAGCUGAAGGCAGUUCGAAAUGGAGAGGACACUUGGUCUUCCUUUUUCCUUCCUCGUGACUGGGACAUUUUGAUCAUGAAUGCUCUCCUCCAUGUACCUGGGAAUGAGGAGAGUAACCAAACAUUGCGGAUCAAUCUCGCUGACAACACUCUUUCUUGCACUGCUUGCACAGAGAGCACACCUCAUCCAUCGGAAAAUUCAAAGGCAAAUUUGAGUUCCAAUCAAUAA